AGGACGCACUGGUGUUCGGUCCCGGUGGGCGGGCCCGGAGUCAGGACUGCUACGGAGAGGCGCCCUCACGUCCCCCACCCAGCGCAGGCUGGGCUCUGACCUCACCACGGCCCCUCCUGCUGGCCGGUUCUGGGUGGUGCCCUCUCAUCUCCUACUCCCCAGGCAGGUGCCCUUGGCCCCCUCACCCCGAGCCCGGAGAGGCCUGAGGCCCAGGGGAGCUCUGUACCCGAUGGGCUUUUGAAGGUGUGGGAUUAGAACACGGGGUAGGGACCAGUGUUACCAGAGGACAGAGAGGAAGGUGGCUUCGGCACCCAUGCCCCCCACCCUGGGCUGCCCCGGAGAGUGGGCGACCGCCGGACAACCUCACGUCCUCUCUGGCUACUGUAGUGCCUCCAGUCCCCCAUUCUCCGGCCUGGGCGUUGAGAGUACAUAGCCCUGCCCGUUCGCCAGGCCCCGGGCGCCACAGCCAGCGCUGGGCCCCGGAGCACGGUCUCCCUGCCCGGCCCUGCCCCCACCUCCUGCCGUCUGCCACCCCUCAGGCCCUGUCCGGAGCCCUCCUGGCAGGAUCCCCUGCACCGCCCCCCACGGGCAAACCUCAGCCUGGCCCUACAGAGGCACCGAGGGCUGUGAGGCUCAGACGGGACGGGGAGCUUCUUGGCAGCCUUCCCGGAGGAGGGGACUGGGCGGGGGGUAUGUGUGAGCAGAGAGCUGGGGGCAGACACCGCGGAAAGCCUGCCAGAACUUCUCCUCCCCCUGCAUCCAAGUACCUGCUGCCUCCCCAGCAGGAAAUGCCGCCGGGCAUGGGCGGGGCAGCUGGGCACAACCCCAUCGGAGCCUAGCUCAGUGGGCUUGGUCCCAGGCCAGCAGACAAGCCACGCCAGCGCACUUGGGGGUCAUAAAUGCCGGACAGGAGAAGCCACCCCAGGUCCCCUGCUGAGAACCGUCCUCCAAGAUGCCACAGGCACUGCUCAUCGGCUCCGUCUUUGUCCUGCUCAGGCUGUCCCUAGGCCAGGACCAGGUCCCGAUCCAGGCCAACUUCGAUGCCAGCCAGUUUCAGGGCACCUGGUACGUGGUCGGGGUGGCCUCAGACGACCAGGACUUCCUGAACUCCAAGGACGACACAAAGAUGCCCGUGGUCUUGGUGACCCCCUUGGACAACGGUGACCUGGCCCUCAAGUUCGGGUACCCUACGCCCGAUGGCGGGUGCCGGAAGAUGCUCACGACCUUCACGAAGGGGGCUGCUGACGGGCAGUUCAGCGACGCGGCCAUGGCGCAGACUGACAUCCGGGUGGUGAGCACCGACUACAAGCACUUCGCCGUGCUCUACGUGGAGACCCAGAAGGCAGGCGUCAGGAGCGUCUGGCUGCAGCUCUACGCCCGCGCCCCGGAGCUGUUUCCUGAAGGUGCCCAGAAAAUGCAGCAGCUGGCACCCCAAGUGGGCCUAAACCCCAGCCAGGGCGCCCUGCUGCCCCAGUCCGACCAGUGUGCUGGCGCCUUCUCCUAGGAAAGAGUCCUCCCAGGAGUGCCCGUUGGGGGCCAUGCUGUACGGGGCCUUCCCCCAGGAGCACACCGUUUCUGUCCGCCACCCAUCCCCCGCACAAUAAAUACUCUCCUAAA